CUCUGCUUCAGCCACCGCUUGAGCCCUUUACUGACAAAGUACCGCCAUGAUCAAGAGACGAGCUCGCCCACCGCCGCACAUUCGGCAGAAGCCCCUCGAAGUAGAGGACGAGGCGUCGGAGCAGGAAGAGCAUCAACCAGAAGAUGAAACGCUAGACCUCGCGGACCUGAUCGAGUUGCGCAAGCUCAGACGAACGAGGGAGGGCAUUGACGUCCAGAAGCUUGUUAAGGGUGAUGCAAAGAAACGUCGAAAGAGGCCACGCGAGGAAGAGGAGCAGGGUGGGUUAAAGAAGGGCGCACAGGCGAGUCGAGACGAAGACGAAGAGGAAGAUGAUGCGGAGACCAAGGCACGUCGGGUAGUGAGGACGAACAACUUCACUCAGCAAACAAAUGCUUUAGACGUGGAUAAGCAUAUGAUGGCAUAUAUCGAGGAGAACAUGAAGCUAAGACGAGGAGCACAGAAUGAGCCGAAGAGGGAUGAUGGGCCACCAGAUCCAUACGCUGAAUUGUUCAAGAUACCAGAGAGGUACAAGGUAAACCAAGAGAAACGAGAACAAGACGAGGGCAGCGUAACCAACAGUAUGACCAUGCUGACUGCCAUUCCGGAGGUCGAUCUCGGAAUGGACACGAGAUUGAAGAACAUAGAAGAGACGGAGAAGGCGAAACGCGUGAUCUCAGAGGAGCGGAAGGAGCGGAAGAAGAAGGAAGACGGAGAGGAGCAUCUCGUUGCUACUCGCUUCUAUCGGCCUAAUCUCAAGAUGAAGUCCGAUGCAGAUAUCAUCCGAGAUGCAAAGCUUGAAGCCAUGGGCUUGCUUCCAGAGGAUCAUGAGUACCGGAGACCUCAACAUGAUCGUACCCAGAUGGCAACAGACGAGCUCGUUAUGGAGCGUUUCAAGAAGAGAAUGAGGAAAUAGUGACUGCAGCACUCAGUCUAUACUAUGCGGAUGUUGCACUGUAAGGCUGUACUAUACUAUUCCUUAAUUUUUGUCUAUAUACAGUACUCAAUCGCCUUGUCCACCAUGCAUCUGCACACGGACUCGUUUCCUAAUGUAAAUACGAAUACGUUACGCUACAGGCGUGUUAAACCUGAGCCUUGGAGUUCAUUUGCAUCUUUGACUGAUAGCAGAUGCACGGCUGGAAGGCGGCUUCU